CGCCGUAACCUUAACCCUGGACUCGAUCGAAACUUUAAAAUAGAUCGGAGUCACCACAGUUUGACGGCGCUACUUUUCUUUACGGAGCGUCACACCGCACUACGCCACGUCGGCCGGAACUAUUUUCAGUAUGUCGAAGUAUUGAGAGAAGUGUAGAUGUUGCCUAUGACUUACCAUAAAUAGAAGAUCCGAAUCCUUCCUUCUAGGGCCAGCAGAGCCACACUCGUUCACAUGACCACAAGCUGGCGUUAACUUUGAAAACAGCUUCUGUUCCUUUUAACGUCAACUAUCAACAGUCCCUUCAUAUUGUGAGUCUACAAAAACAGAGUUCUGUGCCUUGUUGUCUACCACCAUCCAGCAUGGGUAGGAAAAAGAUCCAAAUAUCCCGAAUCACCGACGAGCGAAAUCGACAGGUGACUUUUACAAAGCGGAAAUUUGGAUUGAUGAAGAAGGCAUACGAACUCAGUGUGUUGUGUGACUGCGAAAUUGCUCUCAUUAUCUUCAACAGUACUAACAAGUUAUUUCAAUAUGCAAGUACAGACAUGGACAAGGUUUUAUUGAAAUACACAGAAUAUAAUGAACCCCACGAAAGUAGAACAAAUAGUGACAUUGUCGAGGCACUUAGCAAAAAGGAACAUAAAAAUUCAUCCAACGGUUGUGAAAGUCCUGAGCCGGAACAAGACCAGUAUGUCCUCACUCCUCGUACAGAAGCAAAAUAUAACAAAAUUAAUGAAGAAUUUGAACUUUUAAUGCAAAGAAAUAUUCAACUAAAUGGUAACAGAGUCCCACCUCCGGUGAUUAGUCAAGGAUUAUCACCGUUAUCAAUUAAUGCAUCUGUGAAUAGUACCACUUAUAAUUCUCCAGAUCAUGGGCUAUUACACUCGUCGCCUCAAAUGCCCUCGCACACUAGCGUUAGUCCUCGUCCUAGCUCUUCGGGAACGUUACUCGACAUCAAUGGGACGACUGCAAAUGGUUACCAUAGACCUGUUUCACCGAGUUCUCCGGAACUUGGGAACAAACACGAUAAACAAAAUUCUUCACCGACGGGCAAUGGGACAAGACCGAAUCUUCGAGUGGUCAUCCCGAAUUCUCAUCAGGCAACUGCUGGCCUUAUAUCUCGAAAUUCCAACAUUUCCCUUGGUACUCCAGUGGUUUCCGUGACCACCCCUCUUCCUAGUGUGACAAGUUAUCCGUCCACACUCACAUCUAGUUUUACAAAUGAUUUCCAGUUAAAUACUGACUUAAGUUUAGGAUUUAACUCUCCAAAUUUGUUACACGGUUGGUCGACACAAAAUCCUUUAUCGAGUGUACCUACAGGCAUGAGUCAAGGCAGCCCCAGUGCAACACUUACUUCUGGUGUUUUGCCUCAUAUGUCGGUUAAUACUCCUCCUCCGUCGUCGCCGCUUUCUGUUAAAAUUAAAAGUGAACCCAUUUCGCCGUCGAGAGACGGUUCUGCGCUCCAGCGACCACCCUCCGUGACGGGUCACCUCUCGCCCGGGCAUCCGCUUAUUCCUUCCACUUCGUCGUCUCCGGAUCCCAGUGUCGUGCCAGAAUACGACGGACCCAUCACCAAGAGGGUCCGUCUGACUGCAGACAGCUGGGCAACGUAGUGAAUCUCGUCAUCGGUAUAAGGAUGGUCUUCCUGUACCCUUUAUGUAGUCAUAGCUCACAGCUCACAGUUCACAAUGACCACCCCCUUUGGCCUUUUUUUCUAAAACGUGCACUGUGCACUUUAAACAAGGUUAUCAGACUUGAGUUAUUUGGUAAAUGUAACAUAAAAUCGUGUACGUCUGUACCAUAAACGGUACUGCUCACUCCGAAAACAUUACGCCUUCUGUUACACAGAAAAGGUUUUUAGGACUGUCCUACAUACAGUUCGCACACAACAGCCGAGAAAAACCGUAAGGUCAACAAUGUUAGAUCAGUCUCUGUUUAAAAAAAAUCCGUCUUCACCCAAAAGCUACUGUGAUAGAACGUGCAGACUGAAAAGAUGGUGUAUUCUUGUAGGGCACCUUUAUUUCAAUCAAAUCAUGAGUGGUCUCCCCAACUACCAGAAGAAACAGAUCCUAAUAUUAGUGAUAUUGGGUAUAGUGAGAAAUAUAGAGAUUUUAUACCAAAGUUCUAUUAUGAUGACGUAAGUUCUGACAGUUUGGAUAUUUAUUGGGCAAAAUGUUUUCUAUGAAAUAGAUGUUAGACACCAAACAUGGCCUCGUUUAUAUAAAAGGCAUGAUAGAGCUAGCACUAUUUGAAAAUUUCUAUUUUCAUUAGUUACAUUCCCUGUGUGGAGAGACAAAAAAAAAAGAACAAUAGUGUCCAAGCUUUGCACCAUGAGUUAUCUAUUAUUAUAGUUAGUUGUUUCUCUGGCAGAGAAACGAGCUGCUUUGUUGAAGUACUUAAAAAGCUUCCUUUUACAAAUUUCUUCCUAUAUUGUUGAAAAUUACAUCCUGCACCAAAAUAUAUAGUUCUCGAUUUGUUCCGUGCAUGUGAGUCACUACGUGGCUGGUUACUGUUCUGACAUUGCAGAUUUAUUGCCUGUUGGAAUAUAGAAGAUUAAAAAAAAAUUGAUCAUUGUGUUGAUGGUUGCUGUUUGUGAUGGUAGUAAUAUGAAAAGUUAUGGUGAUAUCUCCCUCACCAAUUAAUUAAAAUCCCAUCAAACUCUUUUUAUGUUUGUGUAGUAUUUUUGACCCUUUCUGGUCAGUAAUAUGUAAUCUUCCAAUGUACAGUCAAAACUGCCAGAAAAAAAAUGUUGUCACUGUUGAACUGCCGUUGACAAUGCAGACGACUUUAUAGCAGAUUUUAAAAUACAGCUGGUUGACUGUGAAGGCCGACAACUUGCUUCGUAUUUAGACUUUUUAUUUACCGAUCUGUUAUUUUUGUGUAAAUACCGACCGGCCGUCUUCGUGCAUCGUGUGAAUACUAGCAAUGUAAAAUUUUAAAAUAUUUAUAAUUUUGUGAACCUAGUUCAUUUUAAAAGUUUUUAAUUUCUUUAAUUAUCAUAUUUAAUGUAAAAAGACAAUUAAAAAAAAGCACAGCUUUCGCACCCCCUCUGCAUAGUGCCAUAUUUUAUGUUGCCAUAACGUGCUGCCAAAGUGCCAAACCUCGCGGGUGGGAAUGGCAUUGUAAAAAAAAAAAAAUGUUGAUACAAACACCGGUUAUCGAUGGCCCAUUGUUCGGUAACGUGUCUUUCAUAUGGAGCCUGUGCUAGUCAACCAGCUUCGUGUACUCGGGUGCGACCCGCCCAUAGAGAUUGUCAUAAUUUUAAUGGAAGAGAGUCUCGUUACAAAACUGUUUGCCAUUCAUUGUUGUUGGCACUACAUCAUGCUUAGGUUGUGUAUUUUUAUCUGCCUGUGAAAAAAAUAAAUAAUAAACAAACAAACAAAA